GAAAUCAAGCUAGACGUUCGUUACUGGGCUCCUCUUCACUUCAAACACAGAAUGGAAACACAUCAAGGAGAGAAGAACACAAAGAAGCAAGAGAAAGGAAGGGGGGAGAAUGCGUAUAGGGGAAUUCGCAGGCGACCUUGGGGUAAGUUUGCUGCCGAGAUACGUGACCCAACAAAGAAUGGGGCACGUCGUUGGCUAGGAACAUAUGACACGGCGGAGGAGGCGGCUCGGGCAUAUGACCGAGCUGCUUUUGCCUUCCGGGGUCAUUUAGCCAUUCUCAAUUUCCCGAAUGAAUACCAACAUCAGGAUCCAAGCUCUGCCAUGUCAUUUGCUUCUUCAUCUUCAUUCUCCACUGCCAAUCCUGUGAAUUAUGGCCAUGAAGUUUCCUCUACUGGCGGACAAGAAGUUAUAGAGUUCGAGUAUUUGGAUAACAAAUUGUUGGAGGAGCUGCUGGGAACGAAUGAUCCCAGCAGGCAGCAUUAGGCCCAUUGAUGAAUGUGGAUUGUCACUUUGUCAUGUCACCCUUCAAUGCAAUUCUUUUAUUUUGUCCGUUGUUUGAAUCUAAAAUGGAAACAUUUGUUUUUUUUUGUUUGUCAUUUGUAACAAAAUUACGUUCCAUAUCAAGUUAUAAGCAACCUUCUCCCCCACCAACCAGAGGAAUAAGACGAGCAAAAGAAAUGGUCUGAAACCAGGGACUUAAAAGAA